AAAGAAGAAGAAAAUCUCAAUUUGGAGUUGGCCCCUUGCAUGGUGGCGUCUGACCCGGACUCCGCCAAAUACAUGAAAGUAAAUAAAGAAGCCAAAAAAGAAAAUAAAAUCUCAACAAACCGUUAACCGGAUCUACCUGUGGAAUACAUCAUGGUUUCUGUUUAUAGACAAUUGAUGAAUGAAUUCUUUACGCUGUUUUAACCGGCAUAGUCCGUUAGAUGUCUUUUUUCCUUUUUCCUGGUUUUUUAAAUUAUAUAUUUUAUUCGUUCUUCCUUUUUCAGUUCAUAUUGGGAGAGCCAAAGCCAAAGAGCUUGUUGUAUAAAAGAGGAGGAAUGCUUGGGGCUCUUUCUCUGUUUUCUGAUAAGCUUUGAUUUCGGGCUUCGCCGGAGCUUUUAAUCGGUCGGCAAAAAAAUUCUUUUUUUUUAAUUUGUUAAUUUCAUUGAAGUCCGAACCAAAAAGACUAAACUAAGUUUCUUAGGAAUCUCGAAUUUCAUCGGUUUCCGAGUUUCGAGAUCCGAUUUUCAUGGUAGCAAAUGUGCUUUUAUAGAUCCCAGUUUCUCACUUUUUGAGGAUUUUGUUUUAAAAUUUUGUUGACUUAUUGUAAUUAUUAUUUCUUGUUUUGAAUUUCAGGGAGGGUGAUUUCAACGAAAAGACAUUUUUUUUUUUUAAUUUUCCAGGUUCUUAUUAAAGGAUGAAGCUAUGAGUGAGGAGAUUCCUAUUUGAAAGAGAGUUUUCCAGCAAGCUUUUCAGUUUACUAAAGUUUGUGUUCGGCAGCCGCUUUCGACAAGCCUUAAUUUUCACCACCAAGCUUUAACAAAUGGUAGUGAAAGUAGCAGCAACGGCAGGUUUACAAUGGUCAAGCCCAAUUCUUCCGCAACCUCCAUCUUCCCCUCAAGCUUUAGCCUCGUCAAUCUCUUCACCUUCCAUGCUGAAACGCUGCCGUAGCGAGGCCGCUCUUAGUUUGAAGUCGGUUCAAAGACUUAACCGAUCUGCUCUGUUUGGUUCUCACUCCACCAGCAUCCAACGGUCCCAAUCUUUCGAGUUGCUCAAACCAAGACCCAGAACUUUAAGAAAAGUUUGCAGCGCUAGUUUAGACGCCUUCUCCGACGAAGAAUUUUCAAAAAAAAUUCAAGAAUUGGCUCUCAGAUUCCAAUUAUCAGACGACAAUGAUAAUACCCGGAGCAAAAGUAACACGAAUUCCUUGAAUUCUGAAAGCGAAACGGAAACCGUUUCCGAUUCCGAAACAGAAUCUUUGAAAUUUAACGAACAACCGUCAUGGUUAGAACGAGGAGAAGAAAUAAUCCCAUCAAGCAUUGAACGAAAAGCCAACAGCGUUGAUCUUCCGCUUUCGCUUCGAAUUAUACAGAGGAAAUUACAAUGGCAAGAAGGGUUUCGAGAAGCAGGGGAAUCGGCUUAUUGUUCAAUGAAGAAGGCGUUUUCUUCGAUGGUUUUUAUAAUUCGCGAGCUUCAUAGUUACACUUUGCAAAUGCGAGAGCUUUUGUUCUAUGAAGAUUUGCAAGGGAUUCUUGUUAGAGUUCAAAAAGAGAUGCACGCUUCGUUUGUUUGGUUGUUCCAACAGGUGUUUUCUCAUACACCGACUUUGAUGGUUUACGUGAUGAUCCUGUUAGCGAAUUAUUCGGUUCAUUCUAUGGGAAGCAACGCGGCUCUGGCAGCAGCAGCAGCGAAUCAGACACCGGCAUCUUAUGUUGUUGAAGUUCAAGAUCAGAAGCAUCCAACGUUUGAUUCUUCGUCAAUAAAGUCGUUUUCAGUGUCGUCAUCGAGCGGAAAAACUACUUCGAUUGGCGGAAACAAUGGCGGUGGCGGAAAAGUGAGGCCGGUUGCUUCGGGGAAUGACGGUGACGGAUGGUUUGAUAAAGCUGACCAAUUCAGAACCAUUGUUCCUGAUGGUGCUUCCCAGUUAUCAUCUCCAGCAACAACAGGAGAAGCACAAAGAGAGUCAACACCAAGGCGAGUAGCUGCAGAAGAAGAACUCAUUCUUUGGAACUCAUUUGUUGAUGAAGCUUUGAAAAUGCAAGAAUUAUUUAGAGAUGAAACUCUCGAUCAUGAAACAAUUCAGAGAUUUAUUUCGCCUGUGAUUGCAAAGAUCGAACCUGAUGGUGAUUAUGAAGAUUAUUUCAGAACAGAGCUUCGUUACCAAACAGGGUUGUCAGAAGAGCCUAACAACUCUCUACUUCUUGCCAAUUAUGCUCAGUUUCUCUACCUUGUUGCACAUGAUUAUGACAGAGCGGAAGAGUACUUCAAAACAGCAAUAGAAGUGGAACCAGCGGACGCGGAAGCAUACAGUAAAUACGCGAGCUUUUUAUGGAGAGUGAGAAAUGAUUUAUGGGCAGCUGAAGAAACUUUCUUGGAAGCCAUUUCAGCAGAUCCUAGUAACGCUCAUUACGCGGCAAACUAUGCCCAUUUUCUAUGGAAUACUGGUGGGGAGGAUACUUGUUUCCCUCUUGACUCUCCAGAGACUAGCCAAGAAGCUUAAAUUUAAAAGAAAAAGGCAAAAAAAAAAAGAAAAGAAAAAACAGAUGCAUUACCCAUUGAGGAAAUCAUAUAGUUACCGCCCCUCUUGUUUGUUCCCUUAUCUUUCGGAAUCUUUUUUACAAAGUAAAGGGGAGAAAAGAAAAGAAUUCCUUGUUUUAGAAACUUGCGUUACUCUUUUAAUACGAAUAUUUCCUUUUAAGCGGUGAGAUCGUGGUGAGGCUAUUUCGAUAAGGGCGGGCAAUUUGAGGUUUUUGGAAGCAGGGUUUCACGUGAGGAAGGUGGCGACAAUGGGAAACUUAAUAAGCACUGUGCAGUGUCCUAUGUAGGAGUACUGGACUGGAGUAGGCAGGUUGACACUCGAGAUCUACGGACCCAUUGGGAACUUUGGAGAUUGGACUUGGAGGAAUGGAUCAUUGGAGGAGGCAUGAAGCUUUAUUAACCUAUUUUGCACAGCUUAAACUUACUUGUCUUUCUUUUUCUUUGGUUUACGCCAAACCACAUGACGAUUUGUAAUUAGUAUUUCUUGUUAAUAUAAGAACCAUUUUAAAUUUUUUUAGUUAUAUUAUCAUCUUUGUUUUAAAAUGCUGGAUUGAAUCUACGAAUAUCAAAUCCGCCAUAGAAACACAUGCUU